AGAGACCGAGGAGACAGAGGUAGGAAAGAGCGAAAGAGCGGAGGGAACAUCUCUUUUUUUCUCCCCCUCUCUCUCCUUUACGCCACCAGCACAACCAAUACACCCAUUUCCCCCCACCAAAACUGCGCGUGGGGAGGGAGGUCCGGGACCUCGCUGCAGCAGCACACACAUACCCAUCGGCCACACACCGAACACACCCUCUGUGACCAAAGGGACGGCAGGCUGCUGCUGCGCGCACUGACUGAGCGGACCGGAGAGAACACGCGUACCAGGAGAUCACAGACUACAGUCCUCAUACAGACGAGCGACGAAGUGAGGGAGAGAAGGAGGGAGCGGCCACGCAGAGUCGAGCAGACUCCACCCAGAGAGAACGCCAGCGAACCAAGAGACAGCCGAGACCAUAAAAAUGAGUGGUUCACACCCCCGGCUCCACCAGAGCGCCGCGCCCGCUCCCAACGCUCUCGCCACGGACAAGGACGCAGAAAUGCCCGCCACGGAGAAGGACCUGGCCGAGGAUGCGCCGUGGAAGAAGAUCCAGCAGAACACCUUCACCCGCUGGUGUAACGAGCACCUGAAAUGCGUCAACAAGAGGCUCGGCAACUUGCAGACGGACCUCGGCGAUGGGCUGCGGCUCAUCGGGCUCCUGGAGGUCCUGUCCCAGAAGAAGAUGUUCAGAAAGUACAACCAGAGGCCCACCUUUCGCCAGAUGCAGCUGGAGAACGUGUCGGUGGCCCUGGAGUUCCUGGACAAGGAGAACAUUAAGCUGGUGUCCAUAGACUCUAAAGCCAUUGUGGAUGGGAACCUGAAGCUGAUCCUGGGUCUGAUCUGGACCUUGAUCCUGCACUACUCCAUCUCCAUGCCCAUGUGGGAUGAGGAUGAGGAGGCGGAGGAAGGCAGACAGAAGACGCCCAAGCAGAGGCUGCUGGGCUGGAUCCAGAACAAACUGCCUGAGCUUCCCAUCACCAACUUCCACAGGGACUGGCAGACCGGCCGGGCCCUGGGGGCCCUGGUCGACAGCUGUGCUCCAGGUCUGUGUCCUGACUGGGAUCAGUGGGAUCAGACCAAACCAGUGGACAACGCCCGCGAGGCCAUGCAGCAAGCUGACGACUGGCUGGGCAUCCCACAGGUGAUAACUCCUGAAGAGAUCGUGGACCCCAAUGUGGACGAACACUCAGUGAUGACUUACCUGUCCCAGUUCCCCAAGGCUAAGCUGAAGCCUGGCGCACCUCUACGACCCAAACUCAACCCCAAGAAGGCCCGCGCCUAUGGGCCAGGUGUGGAACCCAUCGGUAAUGUUGUGAUGAAGAAGGCUUUGUUCACCGUCGAGACCAUCAGCGCAGGAAUGGGAGAGGUGCUGGUUUACGUGGAGGACCCUGCAGGACACAGAGAGGAGGCUAAAGUGACUGCCAACAAUGAUAAGAACCGCACCUACUCAUGUUUCUACAUCCCUAAAGUCACAGGCAUGCACAAGGUGACAGUGCUGUUUGCAGGGCAACACAUCUCUAAGAGCCCCUUCGAGGUGGAGAUCGGCAAGUCUCAGGGAGACUCCAGCAAGGCCACGGCCCAGGGACCAGGCCUCGAGCCCUCUGGAAACAUCGCCAACAAGAUCACUUACUUUGACGUCUACACAGCAGGCGCCGGUGUUGGCGAGGUGGAGGUGAUGAUCAUCGACCCUGCCGGCAAGAACACCGUGGUGACUUGCACCAUAGAGGACAAGGGUAACAGUAGCUACCACUGCACCUACAAACCCACCCAGGAGGGCCAGCAUACCAUCUACGUCACCUUCGCUGGUGGUCAGAUCAGCAAGAGUCCCUUCACAGUCACCGUGGGAGAGGCAUGCAACCCCAGCCUCUGCAAAGCUAAGGGUCGUGGUCUGCAGCCGAAGGGCCUGAGGGUGAAGGAGACGGCCGACUUCCAGGUUUACACCAAAGGAGCUGGCACCGGGGAGCUCAAAGUCACCAUCAAGGGGCCCAAGGGACUGGAGGAGCCGUGUAAAAGGAAAGAUCUUGGAGAUGGUGUGUACGGUUUUGAGUAUUACCCUACCACACCUGGAACAUAUACAAUCACCAUCACCUGGGGAGGACAGCACAUCCCCCGCAGUCCCAUUGAGGUCAAGAUUGGCGCUGAGGCCGGCCAGCAGAGGGUGAGGGCCUGGGGUCCGGGGCUGGAGUGCGGCAUUGUUGGCAAAUCUGCUGAUUUUGUGGUGGAGGCUGUUGGAGACAACGUGGGUACACUGGGCUUCUCUGUGGAAGGUCCGUCUCAGGCCAAGAUCGAAUGUGACGACAAGGGCGAUGGAUCCUGUGACGUGCGCUACUGGCCCACAGAGCCUGGGGAGUAUGCAGUGCAUGUGCUUUGCAACAGCGAAGACAUCCAACACUCUCCUUUCAUGGCUGAGAUUGUCAACCCACCAGCCAAAGACUUCUACCCCGACAAGGUUAAGGCGUUUGGUCCAGGCCUUCAAAGCAGCGGUUUGGCUGUUGGAAAGCCCACUGAGUUCACAGUCGAUGCCAAGCAAGGAGGAAAGGCUCCUCUGAAGAUUGCGGCUCAGGACGGUGAAGGUUCUCCUGUGGAUGUACAGGUUAAGGACAAUGGCAACGGCACAUACGCCUGUACUUACACCCCUCGUAAACCAGUAAAACACACCGCCAUGGUCUCCUGGGGAGGAGUCAACAUCCCUGACAGCCCAUUCAGAAUGAAUAUCGGAGCAGGCUGUCAUCCAAACAAGGUGAAGGUCUCAGGACCAGGGGUGGCCAAGACCGGCCUCAAGGCCUUCGAGCCAACAUACUUCACUGUUGACUGUGCAGAGGCUGGGCAAGGUGACAUCAGUAUAGGAAUCAAGUGUGCCCCCGGAGUGGUGGGACCCGCAGAGGCCGACAUCGACUUUGACAUAAUUCGGAAUGACAACGACACGUUCACUGUCAAGUACACGCCUCCUGGAGCAGGCAGCUACACCAUCAUGGUCCUGUUUGCUGACCAGGCUAUUCCAAUGACACCCAUCAGGAUCAAAGUGGAUCCUUCUCAUGAUGCUAGCAAAGUCAAGGCUGAGGGACCAGGACUCAGCCGCAGUGGUGAGGACACCUAUUCAGUAGAUGUGUGUUUGAGUGUGUAUACAUACACAUAUGUAUUUGUUUGAGUGUGUAUACAUACACAUAUGUAUUUG